GGGGAGGGGAGCUUCAGUUUGUUCUCCCGCUCUCCGGGCUGCGCUCCCACCGGAGGUCCCGGGUUUUCUGGUCGCGGGUGCUGCGUCUUCCCCCACCCGGCGCCCUCCGUCGCUCUUCCUUUCGUGGCAUUUCGUGUCUUCUCUUCGUGUCUAAUUCGGGCAAGUUUGUAAUGGCGGACAGGCCGGGAAGUCUCGGAGUCCUAGCAACUGCGUGGGACAAUUGAUCAGGAAUCACCUUCAGACUUACCUGGUGAAACGUUGCCCGAUAUUAAAAGAAAACACACUCUUUGUUCUUUGGCAUGGAUAAAUGUUCAGUGAGAGGAUUAGACUUGGAUGAACAAACUCCUGUUUUAUUAGAGCAUAAAGCCAUGGCAGCUAGUCUCAUGGAUAUAGGAAAUUCAUUUGGUAACCCAGCUAGUCCUUUAGUUAACAGAUGUAGAAAUUCAUCAGUAGAAGAUGGUGAUGAUGAUGAUGAUGUCGUAUUUAUUGAAUCUAUACAACCUCCUUCGACUUCUACUCCAGCAAUAGCUGAUCAAAGAAAUUUUAUAUUUGCUUCAUCAAGCAAUGAAAGGCUACAAGGAAACUAUUCCAUAAUUCUUCCUGCCUCAAGAGAUUUGCCUUCUCAGAAGGGAAAUGUGAGUGAGACAAUUGUUAUCGAUGAUGAAGAGGACAUAAAAACAAAUGGAGGGGAAAAGAAAAAUUCUUCCAAUUUUGUUGAAUGGGGACUUCCUGGAACUAAAAAUAGAACCAGAGAUUUGGAUUUCUCCACUUCCAGUCUUUCAAGAAGUAAGACCAAGACUGCAGUAGGACCUUUUAAUCCUGGUAGAAUGAAUGUGGCAGGAGAUGAAUUUCAGAAUGGAGAAUAUGCAACUCAUCAUAGUCCUGAUUCUUGGAUUUCCCAGUCAGCAUCAUUUCCCUGUAAUCAGAAACCGCCAGGUGUGGAUUCUUUAGCACCAGUGGCCUCCCUUCCUAAACAGAUUUUCCAGUCUUCAGUCCAACAGCAACUUACAAAACCAGCUAAAAUCACUUGUGCAUACUGCAGAAAACCUUUACAGAAGGGACAGACAGCUUAUCAACGAAAAGGAUCAGUUCACCUCUUUUGUUCUACCACCUGCCUUUCUUCCUUCUCUCAUAAGCGCACUCCAAAGAAACGCAAUGUUAUAAGUAAAAAAGAUGUACCUACAAAAAAGGCUACUACUGUUCCUCAAGUUGAGUCAAGAGACUCCUCCCAAGAAUUUUGUAGUACGUCUUUGCCUCCCUAUGAAGACAACCAGAAUCUUAGAAAAAGAAUUAAUAAAUCAAGAUGUAUAAUCUGUAGUAAACUAACAGAGAUUCGCCAUGAAGUCAGUGUUAAUAAUGUAAUACAUAAACUGUGCAGUAACCAGUGCUUUAAUAAGUACAGGUUAGCCAAUGGUCUGAUAAUGAAUUGCUGUGAACAGUGUGGAGAGUACUUGCCCAGUAAAAGUGCUGGAAACAAUGUCCUGAUGAUUGAAGGUCAGCAGACAAGAUUUUGCUGCCAAGGUUGUAUCAAUGAAUAUAAACAGAUGAUGGAAGCAAAAUCAAAAAAUUUGUCAGCAUCAGAAAACAGAAAAAGGCAUGCUGUUAGAGAAGAAAAUGAAAGAAAAUUAUAUGGGCCAUUGAAUACUGUUUUAGAAAACAAAGAGGGAAUACCGAAUAAAAAGGAAAAGACUCCAGAGCUACAGGUUUUGGCAGAAUAUAGCACAGAUACAUCACUGAUCAAACAGAGUGUGAAUUUAACUUCUUCAGUGUUAACCAUAGCUGAUAAAUUUCAAGAGCCACUGGAAGAGAAAAAACCAGAAGACUGCAUUAUAUCAGUUGUACUUUCUACAGACCCAGGUACAUGGCCCCGAGUUUUAAAUACUAAACAAUGGGACAUUCUUGUUGAAAAUGAUCCACCUCAAGUAAGAAAUUUUAAUUUUCCAAAAGACAGUACAGGGAGGAAAUUUUCAGAAACUUACUACACACGAAUUCUUCCAAAUGGUGAUAAAACCACUAGGUCCUGGUUACUUUAUUCGACUUCAAAAGAUUCUGUAUUUUGUUUGUAUUGCAAACUUUUGGGGGAGGGGAAAAAUCAACUGAAGAAUGAGAAUGGGUGCAAAGAUUGGCAGCAUUUAUCACAUAUUCUUAGCAAACAUGAGGAAAGUGAAAUGCACAUCAAUAAUAGUGUUAAGUAUUCACAAUUAAAAUCUGAUUUGAAAAAAAAUAAAACUGUGGAAUCUGCAGGACAUGGAUUACUACAUGAGAAUGAGAAAAAUGAUGGUGUGCUGUUGUUGUACACAUAAUAUACCUGAUGUGGUUCUUGACAUAGUAAAUUUAUUCAGAAAAGAUCUGUACCCUAAUGAUCAGUACCAUUUUUGUUGGGAGGAUCCUAUAACUCAGCAGUUCGUUAGCAAUAAGUAUAAUAGCAAAUAGUAAAGAAUGUUUCUGUUCCAAAUUCUAAAACUAAUUGGAUUCAAUAGUAGUUAAUGCAGGGCGCCUGGCUGGCUCAGUGGGUUAAAGCCUCUGCCUUUGGCUCAGGUCAUGAUCCCAGGGUCCUGGGAUUGAGCCUCACAUCGGGCUCUCUGCUCAGCGGGGAGCCUGCUUCCUCCUCUCUCUCUGCCUGCCUCUCUGCCUACUUGUAAUCUCUGUCUGUCAAAUAAAUAAAUAAAAUCUUUAAAAAAAAAUAGUAGUUAAUGCAGAUAUGAAUAAAGUCAGUUGUUACGUUUUCAUUCUGUCAGUUCACACCUUUUAAAAUUCGCAUUUGGGGGCGAACAUUUAACAUGUUUGGUUAAUUUUCUGUUCUGAUUACUUUGCAAGGAGAAAAAGCCUUCAAUUUAUCAAUACUAGUUUGAACAAGAUACUAUGUGACUAUUCUCUUCAUUAUUAAAGUAAAAACUUUCAGAAACAGUUUGAAAGUAGAAUGGAGUCUGAAACUGCAGCUUUUUGCUAUUAUACCAAAUAGCUGUGAUUUAUUUCUUUUGGGCAAAACAUUUUUUUAUUAUUUGAGCAAAACAGCAUUAUUUGUUACAUUAUAUAUUAAGGUGAUUAGUCUGCAUUUUAUUGGUCUUAAUUUAUAAAUGUUUUAGCUUCUAUUGUAUGAGAACUAUAACAAUAAAGCGUGUAGAUCUAUUUUUAUGUUAGCACAAAUCUGAGAAAUACUAAAAAUAUAUUAAGUCAACCUUUA